CACAUCCUGUUCAAACUUUACCGUAUGCAGUUACAAGCAAUUUAUUAACUUCUGGAUUACUAUGACACUUACUGCUGCAUAAUAUAUAUUUUCCAAAUUUCCUGGAGCCUGCUGUGCUUGUGGCUUCCCUGCAGUUUGUUGCACCCUUUUUUGUGAGGUGCUAAGGCAAGUUUACUCUCCUUGUUUCAGUGGUUUCUUGCAGUCUGUAGACGAAGAGGCAGAAAAAUGGGGCAGAAAAGAAGAAUGCUUCUUGCUGCAAUAAUUUUUAUAGCUGUCUAUUACAAAGUGACUGCGAAGGAAACAAGACUACUGGAUGUCCAAAAGACCACAAAUGUUGUGGAUGAUCUGUACUAUGGAUGCCGUGAAGAGGCCAUGAAGAAGUUCAUCGAGUCAGACGUGUUAAAACAAGAACUAAAUAACAGUGAAGGAUUUCAGAAAGCGUGGAAUAAAAGUAUUGAGUGUUCAAAGCAGAUCCCUCAAGGACGAAAAGAGCAUAGUGCUGCACUUUCAGUCUAUAUUAAUGAGGAUAAAUCGUUCAUACAAACACUGAACAAAGCAAUAGAGACAAUGGGUGGAAAUGUUAGCAUCUAUGAAGACCACUUCAACCUCAAGUCUCUUCAUUUCCUGCUGAUGGACUCCAUGAGGCUGCUGAAGCCAAAGGAGUGCAAGAACUUUUAUGUUUUUCAAGAUGGUCAAAACCAACCACAGAAAGGCUCCACAGUGAGAUUUACAAGUUUCACUUUAGCUUAUUCAGACUAUGAAGAGCUAAAGAGACUUGAAGAUGUCAAUGAGAAUACUAUUUUACAUCUCACUUCAUGCUUCUUUGUCAACCUGAAAGACUAUGUGUGCGGUCAAGAACAGGAUGAAAUACUCUUAUCUCCAGCAGAAGUUUUCACUGUGGAACAAGUGAAAACAAAAACUACAUCGGAUGGUGACGAAUACCUUGAGAUUGAUUUGAAACAGUCGGGACUGAAAAGCUCACACAACUGUUACAUCUUUCACGUGUGA